AAAGUCCCUGGUUUAAGUGGAUGUAGGACAAGGUCAAAUUGUAGGAUUAUGAACAUAACUGAUAAGCGUCUGCUUUUCCACAUUCGGUGCGCUUUAUCUCCAUGAACAUGGCACAAAUGAGGUACGCAGAGCUUGUAGAAGCUGGAAAACCUUUGGUUUUAAAAGAAAAACCUAUACCCGAUGCUCCACCUAAGGGACUCGUCAUCAAAACAUCAUUUGGGGGUGUUUGUCACUCGGACAUUCACUUACAAGAUGAUAAAAUCCCUCUGGGAGGAGAUAAAGUCAUGAAGUUUACAGACACGCCCGCGUACAAAUUUCCUCAGGUUUUAGGCCACGAAAUCUCCGGCGUGGUACAUUCUCUGGGCAGUGAAGCUAAUGCAGAUGGUGAAGAACUGAAGGUAGGAGACAAGGUGUUAGUGUACCCAUGGCUGGGGUGCUACUCCAAGGAUUGUGGGUUGUGCCGAAAUGGAGAGACAAACACAUGUUCGGUGUGGUCAAAGGCUUUAGGGUUAGGAGCCCCCGGAGGAUAUGGUUCGUACAUUUCUGUGCCCGAGAGACGGUUCGCCUUUAAGGUGCCGGAGAACAUCCCCAUGGAUACCGCAGCAUUGAUGACAUGUAGUGGACUGACAUCUUACUGUGCUAUCAAACUCGCUAAACCCACCAUCGACAUGUUUGUUACCUGUAAAGGUCGAGCCAGUUUGCUGAUAAUUGGGGCUGGGGGCCUGGGCCUGUGGUGCAUCCAACUCGCCAAGGCAGUCUUACAUAAUACUACUGUUGUCGUGGCUGACAUUUCUGAAGAGAAACUGGAGGUGGCUAAAAAGCAUGGCGCUGAUAAAACUGUAUUGUGGAAUAGUGACGAUGAAGCGGAGAUCGAAAAACGAACGCUUGCUGCAGGUGAUGACAACGAGAUACACGCUGCAAUAGAUCUGGUGAACAUGCCAAUAACAGCCAGCAGGGGAAACGAAUGCCUUGCAAAGGGUGGAGCCUUGGUUUGCGUCGGUCUGUUUGGAGGAGGUAUGGAUUUAUGCCUGCCUCUUCUGCCACUACGAGGGAGGAAGAUCUUGGGGUGUUAUGUGGGGAGUGUGCCUUCGAUGAAAGAGUUAAUCCAAUUGGUGUCCGAGAAACAGGUCAACCCCCCUCCAAAGGAGUACGUCAAACUGGACGAUAUCAAUGACACCUUGGAUCGCUUACGUGCGGGAAAGAUUGCUGGUCGCUGUCUCAUUCGCUACGACUGAUGAACUCUUUUCAUCAAAAGUUCUUCAAACUGUGUGUGUGGUAUAAAUACAAUAACCUAGAUAAAUUGCAACUUUUUGGGGUGUUUUUAAGCUACCUGCUCAUUUGGAGCUCUUCAUCGACUGGAAAUUGUGCAUGAUACCUAUAGGUCAAGGUUCGGAAUUUUAUUAGAUGAUGUUGUAUUUUUGUGCCUGUCAAGAAACAUAAAAAAAUCGCUGUGAAGAUUUCAAUAACAAGCCAUAAUUAGGAAACACAAUGAAAUCAGGAAUGAAUUUCCCAGGUUUAAACAGACUGACAUUUUCAGUUUGUGAUGUCUGAAAAAAAUCCAAGUUGACUGUAUUCGUUCACAAACACUGUGAUGUGAUUCUAUCAGUAUGUCCGCAAGCAUCAAAAUGUGUAUCAAAGGUAGAUCAAAAUAUAUCCUCAUCCACAUCCACAUCCAAAAUAAGAUGGACACCAAUGCCUUUAUGCAGACUGCGACUCUUUUUACAUGGUCAUCUUGAUUCCUCAUAUAAGGAAUUCCCGUGACAUAUCAUGUCGUGUUAUCAAUAUAUUUAAAUUUGAAUCGUACCAUAUGAUUGGUAAAAUCCGGGUGUGAGCUUAACCAAUGAAAUGGGUGCUAUAAUUAUAUAGUUUUACGGCCUUGGAUGUUCCUACCAGGAAACCAGGAGUGUAAAAUCUAGCCAAAAUUGGUAUUUACACAGAGCGGCCAACAAGCAACCUCUAAUUCUUAUGCAUGUACUCUAACUUGGUCGUCCGAAUGCAGUGCUGCAAAAUAUCAGAAAUUGUAGUCGAUCAGUCUUUCGACACGAAACUGACAAUGUGUACAAAUAAGUGCACUGUGCUUUUUUUGUAAUUGUUUUAAAGUUGUGCUUAGCUACAUUAAACCAUGUGCAUUUGAGAAAAGUAUUAUGAUUUUUAAAUUUUCAAAUGAAACGAGUGUGUAUUAAAAUACAGCUUUUCACUGGAAA